CCCCGCCCCCUCUGCUCCGCUGACCGUGCAGGAGCAACUUAUGCGUGGGAACAAAACUUCGUACAUUUCGCUGAAUUAUUGCGAUUUAUGUGACAUAACGUAUUAUAAACACAUCACGUUUUCACUUAAAGCAUAUUAAUGCGCACACAAUGACGCGAGAGGAGGACCUGUUGCGGAUUGCUAAAAAACUAGACAAGAUGGUGUCUAGAAAUAACAUGGACGGAGCUCUAGAUGUUCUGAGAGAAUUGAAAGAUUUCAACAUGACACUGAAGCUUCUUCAGGAUACAAGAAUUGGCAUGUCUGUCAAUGGAAUAAGAAAACAUUGCACAGACGAGGAUGUUGUCAACUUGGCAAAGAUUCUUAUCAAAAACUGGAAGAAGCUUUUGGAAUCAGCUCAAAACCAAAAGUCUGAGAGGUCGAAUGAGGUGAAGAAUGGCAAUCAUGCAAGCAAGCCACCAGGGUCACCAAACAGAACCUCUCCUGAGAGACAGCCCAGUCCACGAAGGUCAACAACGGAAAUUAAACCAGACUUAGACUCUAACAAGAAACUCGAUGAAAAACACAGAAGAGAGAAGCGCGAUGCAGAGCUCAGGAACGAAAAACGAGAAAGUGAGCAGAAAAAAGAAAAACAGCCUAUUAACAAUAAAAAGGAGCGAGAGAGGAAAGAUGCAUUGAACAGUGGUCAUAUUCCUUCUCCAAUGACGCAUUCAUCUCCGCCCCCCAAGUGUCCUCCGGCUGGGGAAGUGAAGAGGGAGAGACAUUCACUGCACUUCAGAAGUUUGGGGAAAGAUGCUCCUGUUGAUUUUUUCCCUCCUGCUUCGAUCAAUUCUCACCCUCCUCUAAGACGCUCAUCAAUAGAUGUAAAGAGAGAGAGAAAAGACACUCAGGGUUCUUUACAGUCCCCUUCUCUUCAGUCUCAUCCUCCUCAUAAACGUCCCUUCAUAGAUGGAAAGAAAGAAAGGAGAGAUGCACCUCAUCCUCUUUUCCCUCUUCAUCAUCACCUUCAUCCUCCACUUCCACUUCAUCCUCCUCCUAUUCCUAUCCCUAAGCGUUCAUCAGAGGUGAAGAAAGAAAGGAAAGAUCCUCCUGAAACUUUACCUCCUCCUGCUCCUAUACUUUCUUCUCCUCCUCCUCCUCUUCCUCCUCCUCCCAAACGUCCAUCACUAGAAGAGCCCAAAGAAAGGGCAAAAAAAGCACCUGAUCCGAAUGCCCCGCUUCCUCCUUUACCUUUUCAUCUACAUCCUCCUCAGAAACGCGAGAUGAAAAAAGAGAGAAAAGAAACAGCUGAACCCAGCACUCCUCUUCCUCCUGUUCCCCUUCAUCUUCAGCCUCCUACACCUACAAAGCGUCCCUCAUUAGACACAAAGAAAGACAAAGAGAAAGAAAGAAAAGACCCAGCAGACCCGAAGCGACGGACUUCUGAACACAAUGAGAAAGAUAGAAAAGACACAAGAGACAGUAAACCACUCAAAAGGCCAUCAAUGAAGAUCAAGAUUGAGAGAAAAGACUCCACAGAUUCCAAAAAGCUCCAUUCUAGAAAACUCAGCCUGGAUGGACGGAGAGACAGUAGGGACUCUACUGACUCCAAGUCAAGCCAUCAUGUUUUGAAACGACAAUCAAGUGAGCCGAAAAUGGAGAGGAGAGAUUCUACCAACUCAAGGUCUGGCAGCUCACCUCAGGCCAAGAAAUCGAGUGAAAGCAAGAGUAAACCAGAGACCCCAAAGACACCCACAACACCCACAAGCCCCCUCUCCCCAUCGUUUAGCUCCAGUGUGGGUCCUUUAUCUCCUCGCCUGCAAACCGGGGAUUCCAUCAGGGACAAAUGCAUCGAAAUGCUGGCCGCUGCACUACGUACAGAUGAUGACUACAAAGACUAUGGGACAAACUGCGAGGGCAUGGCGGCAGAAAUCGAGGAUUAUAUCUACCAGGAGAUAAAAGCCACAGACAUGAAAUACAAGAACAGAGUCCGCAGUCGCAUAAGUAACCUCAAAGAUCCCAAAAAUCCCAAUCUGCGUAAAAAUGUCUUAGCUGGAGCCAUCGAGUUGAGCCGCAUCGCCAUCAUGUCUGCUGAGGAGAUGGCUAGUGAUGAGCUGAAACAGUUGAGGAACGUGUUGACCCAGGAGGCCAUCCGAGAACAUCAGAUGGCAAAGACUGGAGGAACCACCACUGACCUGCUGCAGUGUGGCAAGUGCAAGAAGAAAAACUGCACCUACAACCAGGUGCAAACCCGCAGUGCUGAUGAACCAAUGACCACCUUUGUGUUGUGCAAUGAAUGCGGUAAUCGCUGGAAGUUCUGCUAACCUGAAGCUGGAACUCCAAGAAUAAUGACCAUAUUGGCUUCCUCAUCUUUUAUUAUUUUUUUUUUUUAAA